UCUUCAUCAAAAAGUUCAAGCAGAGCUUCGAAAAAUUUUUGGUAAAUUAUCUUCUUCCACUGUUACAAAUCCAAAGAAUACAUCGAAUGGAAUAAAUGAGUAUGAAUUUGCGAAUAAUGGUACUUAUCCUCUGGAUAUUCAGCCAGCUGAUCGAUUAAGUUUAUUUGCUGGUGUAUUUGGAGAUGAAAAAAGAUCCAAUACAAAAGAAUGA